CUCCCGGGCCCACGUCCCCCGCCGGCUCCGUGCUCUCGCCCCCCGCCCGAGCGGGGCUGGGCGGGGCCGGCGCUGGUUAGCUCCGGAGUGUGAAACCGCGUGUUAAUGUAACCGGCGCGAGAGGCGCGGGCGGCGGCGGCGGCGGUGGGAGCGGCGGCUGCAGGAGCAGCAGCAGCAGAAGCAGCGGCGGGUACUCUGUGCCCCGCGUCCCGGAGGCAGCCGACUGCGCCACCCCACCCUCGCACGGCCGGGCGGGACCCGCGCCACCAGCUCGGACCUCCGUCGUCCCGCGGUGACCAAAACCCCCGCUGGCCCCACCGCUGUGACUACUCUGGACUCGCCCGCAGAGUUUGCCCGCCGGGGAGGGUGGCCGAUUGGCGGAGCGCACUCCUGCUGUUUUCCCCACCAUCUCCUGGAUGUCGUCCCUCGGGUGGUGAGAGAACUUUGCAGUGGGCUGGAGCGCCCUUUGCGGAGAAGCACACGAAGGUGAAGGAAGGAAAGAAGACCGAGGAAGAAGGGGCUCGGAAGAAGGGUCCGGAGCGGCCGGGCCGGCCGUGCAGGGCGAGUGCGCGCGAGGCGCGGCGCCCUGAUGCUCCCCGGGCUCGAGGAGCAGCGGGCACUUGCGGGACUGCUCUCAGUGGAGUAGCCCCGUCGGGCCCGGAGGGUUUGUGCAACCGCGGAGAACACCGAGUGUUGGUCGCACGGGGCGUGCCGAGCCGCCUCCCGGCGCGCCCUCCGCACUUUCCCCGCCUCGUCAUCCCUCGCUCCCCGGCCAGCAGCCUCCGCGGCGUCCUCAACCUCGCUCCCCUUUGCGUCCCGGGAGCCUGCGAGCACCUGGCCGAAGGCGCAGCCGAGUCUUGCGGGAGUCGCCCCGAAAGCGUCGGGUUUGUGUGGGGUUAGCGGGGGCCGCCGCGCCACCUGCACCUCGCCCUCCGCCGCCUCGGGGAAAACCCGAAGAGGAGGCGGACCAGGAGAAGAGCAAAAAAAAGCAGCCCGUCUGGAUUUGUUUGCCCAGGACUGGCGCCGCGCACGCGGAUCGCCGAGGGGAGUGCGGUCGGAGUCACCGCGCCCCCGCCUCCCCGCCCGGGCGGCUGAGGCCGGGGGGUUGGAGCGCUGCCCCCGCGCACAGUCCCCGAGCGCCCGACGUCUGCGCGCAGGUUAUUGAAGCAGUUGGGCCUGGGGCGCCCACUAAUGUGGCCCUGAGGGCCGGAGCCCGCACCGACGGGAGCUGGAGCCGGAGCAGCUGCGGGCGCCGAGUGGCCGGUGCGCCCGGCCGAGCGCGCCUGCGUGCGUGGCCAGCGCGCUCCCCGCUUCUGCCUGGCUUUCCGGCUUAAUUUUCCUCGGCGGGAUUAAAGUUGGAAAUUGACCGGAGAAUUGAGUUGCCGGGGAACAGAGCCCCGGCCGCCGCCAGAGCAAUGUUCCCGCAGAGCCGGCACCCGACGCCGCACCAGGCUGCAGGCCAGCCCUUCAAGUUCACUAUCCCGGAGUCCCUGGACCGGAUUAAAGAGGAAUUCCAGUUCCUGCAGGCGCAGUAUCACAGCCUUAAAUUGGAAUGUGAGAAACUGGCAAGUGAAAAGACAGAAAUGCAGAGGCACUAUGUGAUGUAUUACGAAAUGUCAUAUGGAUUAAACAUUGAAAUGCACAAACAGACUGAAAUCGCCAAGAGAUUGAAUACGAUUUGUGCACAAGUCAUCCCAUUUCUGUCUCAGGAACAUCAACAACAGGUGGCCCAGGCUGUCGAACGUGCCAAACAGGUGACCAUGGCAGAGUUGAAUGCCAUCAUCGGGGUACGUGGCCUACCAGGUCUACCUCCUACACAGCAGCAGUUGCAAGCUCAGCAUCUUUCUCAUGGCCACGGACCCCCAGUUCCCCUUACGCCUCACCCUUCGGGACUUCAGCCUCCUGGAAUCCCGCCCCUCGGGGGCAGUGCCGGCCUUCUUGCGCUGUCUAGUGCUCUGAGUGGGCAGUCUCACUUGGCAAUAAAAGAUGACAAGAAGCACCACGAUGCAGAGCACCACAGAGACAGAGAGCCGGGCACAAGUAAUUCCCUCCUGGUCCCAGACAGUCUAAGAAGCACAGAUAAACGCAGAAAUGGGCCUGAAUUUUCCAAUGACAUCAAGAAAAGGAAGGUGGAUGAUAAGGACUCCAGCCACUAUGACAGUGAUGGUGACAAAAGCGACGACAACUUAGUUGUGGAUGUGUCUAAUGAGGACCCUUCUUCUCCGCGAGCAAGCCCUGCCCACUCGCCCCGGGAAAAUGGAAUCGACAAAAACCGCCUGCUAAAGAAGGAUGCUUCUAGCAGUCCAGCUUCCACGGCCUCCUCAGCAAGUUCCACUUCUUUGAAAUCCAAAGAAAUGAGCUUGCAUGAAAAAGCCAGCACGCCUGUUCUGAAAUCCAGCACACCAACGCCUCGGAGCGACAUGCCAACGCCGGGCACCAGCGCCACUCCAGGCCUCCGUCCAGGCCUCGGCAAGCCUCCAGCCAUAGACCCCCUCGUUAACCAAGCGGCAGCUGGCUUGAGGACACCGCUGGCAGUGCCCGGCCCAUAUCCUGCUCCUUUUGGGAUGGUCCCCCACGCUGGCAUGAACGGCGAGCUGACCAGCCCAGGCGCUGCCUACGCCAGUUUACACAACAUGUCGCCCCAGAUGAGCGCCGCAGCUGCCGCGGCCGCCGUGGUGGCCUAUGGGCGCUCCCCCAUGGUGGGAUUUGAUCCUCCCCCUCACAUGAGAGUACCUACCAUUCCUCCAAACCUGGCCGGAAUCCCUGGGGGGAAACCUGCAUACUCCUUCCACGUUACUGCAGACGGUCAGAUGCAGCCUGUCCCUUUUCCCCCCGACGCCCUCAUUGGACCCGGAAUCCCCCGGCAUGCUCGCCAGAUCAACACCCUCAACCACGGGGAGGUGGUGUGUGCAGUGACCAUCAGCAACCCCACGAGACACGUGUACACGGGCGGGAAGGGCUGCGUCAAGGUCUGGGACAUCAGCCACCCUGGCAAUAAGAGUCCUGUCUCCCAGCUCGACUGUCUGAACAGAGACAAUUAUAUCCGUUCCUGUAAAUUGCUACCUGAUGGCUGCACUCUCAUAGUGGGAGGGGAAGCCAGUACUUUGUCCAUUUGGGACCUGGCGGCUCCGACCCCACGCAUCAAGGCGGAGCUGACGUCCUCGGCCCCCGCCUGCUACGCCCUGGCCAUCAGCCCCGAUUCCAAGGUCUGCUUCUCAUGCUGCAGCGACGGCAACAUCGCUGUGUGGGAUCUGCACAACCAGACACUAGUGAGGCAAUUCCAGGGCCACACAGAUGGAGCCAGCUGUAUUGACAUUUCUAAUGAUGGCACCAAGCUCUGGACGGGCGGUUUGGACAACACGGUCAGGUCCUGGGACCUGCGUGAGGGGCGGCAGCUGCAGCAGCACGACUUCACCUCCCAGAUCUUCUCCCUGGGGUACUGCCCCACCGGGGAGUGGCUGGCAGUGGGCAUGGAGAGCAGCAAUGUGGAGGUGCUGCACGUGAACAAGCCCGACAAGUACCAGCUGCACCUGCACGAGAGCUGCGUGCUGUCCCUGAAAUUUGCUUACUGUGGUAAAUGGUUUGUGAGUACUGGAAAAGAUAACCUCCUCAAUGCUUGGCGGACCCCCUAUGGAGCCAGCAUAUUCCAGUCCAAAGAGUCCUCGUCAGUGCUUAGCUGUGACAUCUCUGUGGAUGAUAAGUACAUAGUCACUGGCUCAGGGGACAAGAAGGCUACAGUUUAUGAAGUCAUCUACUGAAAACAUUAUGUGGUUUAACGUUUAUAGUUGAAUUGGGCCAAAAUGUUUCGAAUUUGUAGAAAUAGAAAAGUUGUAACUUUAAAAGAGAAAAAAAAUUACAAACACCUGUUUCCAAACCUUGACACGAAACUACUUUGAGUCUACAAAGAGGAGGCGACAAGUCCAUCAGCAGAAAGUCACCUGUCUACAUAGACCAAAUGGAGCACCAAGGCCAAGCGGACAGAGGGGCCAUGGGUUGUAGGAUUGAGGAACGGAAUCUGCCGACUCACGUGACAGCCCAUUCUUUCUUUCUGGGUGAUCUGGGGAUCACCCCUUGCCCAAGUGUGAGAUUACCUUUCUAUUCCUUGCAGUUCACCUCACUUUCCGUCCUUUGUAGAGCAGUGGUGUCUCCAAUGAACUUGUUUCCUGGUUUUGCAUCUUGUGAAAUGUUUUUUUGUAUUUUUGUUGAAGGUUAAACAUUUGUAUAAACUGUAAAUAUAUUUGGUUUAUUACAGUAAAGGCUUUAGUACCAAUAA